AUGGCAGAACCAAACCUAGAGUUAGGUCCGGUAAGAAAGCAGGCGAAUGUGUCACUUCGAUGCCCGAAGUUGACUGAUUCGAACUACACCACGAGGUCGAUUCUGAUGAAGCAGAUUCUAACAGCGUAUAGUCUUUGGGAAAUUACAGAAGUAGGUACGGAAGGUGAUGAAAAGAAGGUGGCUACUACAAAGGCGGUGAUUUUUAAAACAUUGCCUGAAGAUAUUUUGAUGCAGGUGGCUCAGUAUGAAACCGCGAAAGAAGUAUGGGAUUCAAUCAAAAUCCUACAUGUAGAAGCAGAUAUGGUCCAAAAGGCUCGUUUGCAUACUUUGAGGGCUGAAUUGGAAGCUAUGAAGAUGAAGGAGAAUAAGAAAAUGGAUGUUUUUGCAAAAAAGUUGAAUAGAAUAAGAGUUAAGUUUAGAUCUCUUGGUUCUGUUUUGAAGGAUAAGGUCAUAGUAAGGAAGUUGUUCAGUUCAGCACCGAGGAAGUUUUUACCGUUCAUAGCCUCUGUCGAACUAUAUUCUGAUAUUGACAACAUGCUAUUUGAGGAUGGAGUAGGAAGGAUGAAGGCGUUCGAAGAAAGGCUUAAGGUUUUUGAUGAACAUGAAGAUAUGGAUCAAAACAAAUUGCUUUUGGUAGGUACAAGCAAUGGGGAAGGAAAUCAAGACCGUGGAAGCGGUUCUGGAAGAGGAGAAGGAAAACAAGGCCGAGGAGGUGGUUUUGGAAGAGGUCAUGGAACUAGAGACAUGAGCACUUUCAGGUGUUUUGAAUGUGGUGAAUUUGAGCACUUUGGAUACGAAUGCACCAAGUGGGAUGAAAAGAAAGAGGAAGCAAAUCUAGCAGAAGAUGUCAACAAUUUACAAUUGUUUUAA